AUGGAUCCCCUCACCUCCAUCAGCCUGGUUGCCAAUGUUGCCGCCUUUGUUGAUUUCGGCUUCAAGAUUGUGUCCGCUGCCCGCGAGGUUCAAAGUUCCACAAGUGGGACGACUGCUACCAAUGUCAACGCUGAGGUUCUUACUAUCAACUUUAGGACAGUCGUCGCAAACAUUAAAGGUUCUCGGCUUGCAGGUAACUCUCAGUUGGACGAGGCGAGGUUAGCUGCGCUUGUUGACGAAUGUGAGCGUCUAUCGGAUGAGCUUCUUGGCCUACUGGACUCUCUCAGGGCCAGAAAGCCAGGCUCAAAGAGACAUGUGUUCGUCAUCGCCUUGAGGAACAUGAUGAAAAGGGGUGAAAAGGAGGCGUUGGAAGCGCGGUUGGAUAGAUGUAGAAAUCAGCUGCAGCUGGAAAUUGCCCAGCGAACGAGUGAAAAGUCCCUGGAACGUCUGGAGGUCAUUGCGGCAAGUGGUGAAUGCCAAACAAACGAGCUCGCUGUCAUCAAACGUAGCUUGCACGAUUUGCAUCAGCUGCAUUCUACCACCCAAACCAAACUUGAUUCGACCUCAUUUCAGGGGUUGAACAGCUUACUGAAGCUCUGCGGGCAAGCCUUUGAAAAUGUUGCUCUUUCCAAGCUCCUAUCCUCCAUUGGGUUCGAGAAAAUGUCUGAUCGACUUGAAAAUAUCGCCGAGGCCCAUGCAACGACUUUCAACUGGCUAGUAGAUGCUUCCGAGGCUGUGGACCCCAAAGCAUCAUUGGGAGAUUUGGAAUCUUUAGAGGCCCAAGAGUGGCUACGCUACACCGAGGUUCAAGAUUCAUAUCGCAAGGUGUCUCGGGAGGCUCUGACAUCGUGGCUUUUGGAAGGUAAUGGGAUUUUCCACAUCUUCGGAAAGCCAGGGUCAGGAAAGUCCACGUUGUUGAAGCAUCUGCUGAAGCACCCUGCUGUUCAGAAUAUGCUUGAAGGGUGGGCCGGAGGCAAAGCACUGAUCAAGUGCUCAUUUUUCUUCUGGAAAGGUGGCUCGGUUGGCCAAAAAACGUUUUCCGGCCUUUACCGAUCCCUUCUCUGUUCGGUCUUCAAACAGUGCCCGGAGCUGGUCCCAUCAAUUUUCCCAUCACUUUGGCAACUGUGUUUGCAGGGUGGAAAUGCUCAAUUGACCGACGCUGAAGCGCGCCGUGCUUUCCUCGAGAUAAUGGAGCGAGACGAAGUCUUUACACACCGAAAAUUUGCAUUCUUCAUCGACGGCCUGGAUGAGUUCGAAGGCGAUGACACUGGCUUGGUUCGUACCUUUCUCGGUUGGACACGGCUCAGACCCGACAACAUCAAAAUCUGCGUUUCAAGUCGCGAGCUUCCGCUAUUCCAAGAGCGUUUCUCAUCGUAUCCCAAGCUUCGACUACACGAGGUUACAAGUUUGGACAUUAUGGGUUAUGUGAAGAGUACGCUCGAAGAGAAUGAAGACUUGUCCUCGGCAGUCGACCACAGCCUCACCCUCCAUCUUGGUCAGAAGAUCAUUGAGAAGGCAGAAGGAGUGCUGCUGUGGGUAUCAUUGGUCCUGCGGAUUGUUGAGCGUGGUCUUCUUCAGGAGGACAACCCCGAAGACUUGGAGGCCAAGAUCGAUGGACUGCCUACAGAACUCGAGAAUUUGUUUCAAGUCAUAUUCAAAGCAAUUGAGACAGAGGCUCACCCUAUUGACAGGCGUAGGGCUAUGCUCACUCUAGCUGUUUGCUUGGAGCGGACAUCUUGGGAACUAUCCAACGUUUUUCUUCAUCAGCUAUCCUUUCUGGAUGAGUACGAAUCAGAUUGCAAUUUUCUCUUCAAGAGUUUACGCCAAACAGAGACUAUUGAAGAUGAAGAAAGGCUACGGAGAUGUCGGAAGCAAGUCAACGGACGAUGCAGAGGACUUGUGAGCGUAACUGCAUCAAGCACUGACGAACCGGACGUGCCAAUACCGACAAGAAGAGUUGAACAAGUUGCAAUUACACACCGCUCCCUCAUCGAAUUCUUUUCGAAAACACAGGUCCGUGAAGUUAUCGAGGCUCAGACCCAAGGAUUCAAUAUGACACAGUUUACUAGCCGAUCUUUCGUGGCUCAGCAGAUGACAGAACCGGAUCCAAGUUCGAUAGAAGAAUCUCACCUCCACUUCGACAUUCUUGGACUCUUCAAGGUUGUAUGGUACCAUGAUUUCAUGAACACAUCCAUUGUGACAGAUGUGCUUCUAGACUUGCAAAAAAUUCCCUUUCUUUCAUCCCCACUCAAGGUCUCGGGGAGUGAAAGUUAUCGGCCAAUGGACUAUGGGUGGUCGUAUCUUUGGAGAAAGAGAGCGGCAUGCCGUCGUAUUGGUUCACAUAAGGAGGAUCGAACUGUUGCUGAGAUCAUCAUUUUCCUGGCGUUAAAAUAUGGGCUACCAGAGCUCUUAACCCCACCCGAGGUGCUCAAGGGAGGGGCACUUGUUCAAGCUGCUCAGAAGAUUGGGCCGCAGCACCUACUAAUGCGUAUGUUUGACACUUUACUGGCAUCGACUCAACCCUCUUGGAAUCAGCUUGAACUCCGACAGUAUGACCGCCUUCUGAAGACAAUGGCCAUGUGCCUACGAGAUGGGGCAUCACCAAAUCUCCCAGUCACUUGGCAACAAAACUACCCUUUACUAGAUCGGUUUUCAGGAAGGAUCUCAAGUCUGUGGGAGGUAUUGAUCUGGACAACCUUGUGUGGGUACGAUCAGGUGAACGGAAUGCAAAUCAACGGACAAAAGCGCAUUUUGACCUUUUUGCCCAUCUGGGUUCUCUUCCUGGCUUAUGGUGCAGACACCGAGUUCAAGCUCAAGGUCGAUACUGACCACGCAGUAUCACUUUACCAAGACGCUAUUCGCAUUGUCGCGCUUUUCGGAAAAGAACAAGAGGACCCCUUCACGCCGCUCUUUAUCCCGCGGCUACAGAACUUGGUGGUGGACAUGGCUUCGAAACAAAACGGGCUCCUCAGUCUCUCCGAUAUCACCAGCUUACUCUUCCCGGAUAACUUUCACAAGUUUGUACCUCUGCUCGAGCAACAAGGGAGCAGCGAACAAGACGGGGAGGAGAAACGGUGCGCAGUGCUUAAAUCUUUUGGACUGGAUUUAGAGCACUGGGAUCCUCCGCCACCAUCGCCAGUAGUCGCAGUGUUUCCAGAAGUCUUUGGCUUGUCGAUUAACAAGUUUGUACUAGAAAUGUUGGGCCCUUAUGCGGUGGACGAGCCGCAGCGGGGGAUUGUGGUCUACACCAAACAGGGUAUUGAACUUUUGGACCGAAACAAUCCAGCACAUGACCUAGUCGACAUUCUCGAAUAG